CAAAAGUCCCAAAGCUUUAUAAACUGACCCAAACUCGGAAAACAGAAAAUUGUCUCUUCAGUUCCUCCAUCCCAAAUCAAAAACUUUUUCUCAGAUAUUUGACAGAAUUUGCAAAAAGCCAUGGCCUUUGUUCUUGAAAACACAGUUUUGGCAGUUCUGUUUUUCAUCUUAACUUCUUUAGUGCAGGUUUCCAUUGGAGAGGUUCAUAAGGUGGGAGAUUCUGCAGGUUGGACCACCAUUGGAAAUGUUGAUUAUAAGCAGUGGUCAGCCAAAAUAAAUUUCCAAAUUGGUGAUGUCAUUGUUUUUGAAUACAACCCUCAAUUUCACAAUGUGAUGCAAGUUACACAUGCCGAGUACAGGUCAUGCAAUGCAUCUUCUCCCAUUUCUACUCACACAACUGGAAAUGAUUCCAUAACCAUCAAUACUCGUGGCCACCACUACUUCAUAUGUGCCGUCCCCGGUCACUGCCAGUCUGGACAGAAAGUCGAUAUCAACGUUCUUCGUACUCCUUCUGUCGCUCCUUCACCUUUUGCAUCAUCCUCUCCGGUUGACACUGUACCUACACCUUCUCCAAAAGAUGUGGCUUCAUUCUCGGCUUUAAAUAAGCCUUUCGAGAAGCUCGGAUGGCUAUGGCUGGUUUUACAGAUUUUACUCGUGAUUUUUUAAAAUGCUAAAUAGAAUCUUUUCAUUUGUAUUUACGAGUUAUCUGGAGUAUCAGAUCGUUGGUGAAAACAUUUUGGUUUAUUAAUUAUAGUUUUAGUAAUGUACUCAGUAUAAGAGUCAUAAUAAAUUUCAUUCCAAUCA